AUAAUUGGCGCAAGAUGAGUAGUACCUCUCAACUCUUUAUUUUUAGUUUUCAACAAAAAAAAAAAAAUCUUUAUUUUCAGUCUACUUUUAAGUUUUAAUUAACUUUUAAUUUGAUCAUUUAACCACCCAAACGGCUCAAUUUACAAGCUUCAGUACUAAAUUUCAUUUGGUUAACUUUCAACUUUAAUUAUUUUCAAUUUACCACCCAAACGGCUCAAUUUACAAGCUUCAGUACUAAGUUUUGAGCUUAUACUAUAUACCCCUCUCUUUCCAAAAGUAAGAUGUUUUAGAUUUUUUACUUGUUCCACAAAGAUAGAUUUUCUAUAUAUUUAAUGUACUUUUUUAUAUUUUUUUAAAAAAACUAAAUGAAAAUAUUUGAAUUGAUUAAAUUUCAUUGGUGAAAAAUUAUUGGAAAAAAAUAAAGUAAAAAAAAAUUAAAUUAUAAACAUUUAUUGAAUUCUUAAUAAGUGUGAACACUUUAGAAAAUCUUACUUUCGGAAAUAGAAAGUAUAUAUUAUAUGAAUGAAAAAUAAAAUAUAAAUAUAAAAAUUAAAAUGAUAAAUUGUGAGCUAUUUCCAGCAUUUUAACAAUAUAGCCACCACAAUUUUGCUGUAUACUAGACAUAUGAUAUGAUAUAUGUAUUACUACAGUAACCAAUAUAUAAUAAUAUCUUAAAGUGUAUAUAAUUUUUAUAAGGAAUAUACUGUAAAAAACUCAACGUGUAGCAUGGACGGACUUCAGAAAUUUUAUUAGUAUGUCAAUCGCUAAAAAAUAUACUGUAGUUGGAACAACGAAUAUAUUAAUUGUAAGAUUCCCACAACCUUUGACCAAACAUAUGAUUAUUUAAGAUCAUUAUGUCAAUGAUUACUACACAUUGUGCAAAUCGACAGAACUUUUUUUAGUUUCAUUUUCUGAACAAGUCUUACCAAUGGAUAAGAAGCUUGAAGAGAAAAAUCUGAAUAAACAAUCUUAACUAUCAAAGACUCAAGAAUUCAUAAUCAGAGAAAUUAGACUUUAACCUCAAUUCCAAGAAACUUCCAUGAUUAAUAUCAAGAAAUUCAAACCCAUGAUGUAUCAUUUUGCAAUAACCUCAAAGAAACAGAGCAUAAUACACAUGUCUUCUUGUUUCAAAUCCUCUGUUUCUCUGAUCUCAGUGUUCUUCUUUAUAAUGUUUAACACUGUUUCUUCUGCAACAGAUCCAACUUAUCUCUUCCACAUAUGUCCAAACACAACAACAUUCACAAGAAACAGCACUUACUUAACCAAUCUCCGAACCGUUCUCUCAUCUUUCUCCUCUCCAAACGCAGCUUACGCCUCGCGUUUUGAUAACGCAACCGCUGGUGAUGAUAACAACACAGUCUACGGCGUUUUCCUCUGCCGCGGAGACGUCUCAGCCGAAAUCUGCCGUGAUUGCGUCGCGUUCGCGGCCAACGAAACGCUCCAAAGGUGUCCAAGAGAGAAGGAGACAGUGAUCUGGUACGACGAGUGUAUGGUAAGAUACUCUAAUCAAAGUAUCGUAGGUAAAAUGAGGGUUAUGCCUGCUGCUUUCUUGUCCAACACGCAAAACAUUACUGAGAGCCAACUUAGCCGUUUCAACGAGUCUUUGGCUGCUUUGCUGAUCGAUGUCACGGUGAAGGCGGCUUCGAGCUCGAUAAAGUUUGCUACCGAGAAAGCGAACUUCACGGUUUUUCAGACCAUUUAUAGCCUUGUGCAAUGCACGCCGGACUUGACUAAUCUUGAUUGCGAAAGCUGUUUGAGACAAACGAUUAACUGGUUGCCUUUAUGUUGUGAUCGACGAAUUGGCGGGAGAGUAAUUGCUUCGAGUUGUAGCUUUAGAUAUGAGCUUUAUCCGUUUUACAAUGAGACUAUUACUGCGGCUGCGCCGCCACCUAGUGUGUCGGCCCCACCGCCGCAGCUUUCUUCCCAGCCUCCAGGUGAAAUCUUGAAACGUUUAGAACACAAAUCUUGAUACUGUAUGAACAUAGAAAUAUAGUUUUUGGUAUUGUGUUUAGGGAAAGGCAAGAGCUCAACCGUGAUAGUAACCGCGGUGGCGGUACCGGUCUCUGUCUGCGUGUUACUUCUUGGUGCUGCAUGUUGUUUACUGGCAAGAAGAAGAAGAAGGAAUAAGCUAGGUGGUGAAGGGGAGGAUCUAGGUAAAGUUUGAGCCAAUUUUGUCAUUUGCUAGUCUAGUUUAGUGAGGUCCGGGUCGGUUCGGGUUAUUUAAGUCGUUUAGGAACCAUAGAUCUACUAGAUCAGUUCGGGUAAUGUCGGGUUCGGGUCGCGUUUCUAUUUUUUAUAAAACCCCGGGUGAAACGGAAUUAAAAAUAGUUCAGAAUAUUUGGUUCGGUUUUGGUUUGGUUUCGGUUUUCGGAUUUAGAGCAAUAGGAACCGUUCAGUUUUUUUGUAAAUUUCGGUUCGGUUUUGGUUUUCUGGUCCGGUUUUCAGGUUUCUGAUAAUAUGCCUAGGACUAGUCUAGUUUAUUGAACGUUUUUUUCUUCAGAGAUUUUCCUCCUUUUUGAAUGUAGAUGAAGAUGGUAUUACAUCAACAGAAACACUACACUUCAACUUUAGCGAAAUUGAAGCAGCAACAGAUAAGUUUUCAGACAGUAACAAACUUGGUCAUGGCGGGUUUGGUGAAGUGUACAAGGUAACUAAAGCUUUGUGAUCAUAAACUCAACAAACCCAUAAAGAUACAUUUGGGCUAAAAUUUACAGUAAAAACCAUUCAGGGACAGCUUAUAACCGGUGAAACAGUAGCCAUAAAGAGACUAUCUCGAGGAUCAAGACAAGGAGCAGAAGAAUUCAAGAACGAAGUUGACGU